CAUUUUGGUCUCUCCAUAGAUUUCGAAAACUUCCAUUGGAAGUGGUAAACUGAUAAACACGCGCCUAAUUCCUUUGCCUUAGUCGCCCAUUUCAUCUGGAGUACAAUUUCCUUCCAACCUUAACUAAACCAAACCCAGAUUCAGUUUCGUGUCCAUUCUGGGGUUAUUUAUGUCAACUGGGUAUUAUUUACAGAGGACUUGGUCCAUUCUUCGAUCCAAAAGGAGAUUAAAGAUAAGCAGACUUUUCCUAGUUGUAUAUUCUUUGCAUAUUUUUCAUUGAAUUUUUUUUGUAUUACUUCCACUUGUUUCCUGUGUAAUAAUUCAAAAUGCUGCUACUGGGUCUUCGUCUUCGUCUUCGUCUUCCAUUGCAACUCAACUCCGACAAUAACAGGCUUCUUUUGCUUGCUUUCAAUAAAUUAAUGGUUUCAAGCUUAGCAUCUUUCACAUAUUCAAUACCCAUUACAUUUUUGGUGCCUCUGCUCAAACCCAUCAUUUCUGUUUUGGCAUAUUCUUUCUGGUUUUCCAGAAUUCCACCAUAUCUGUUCACCCAUUUGGCAGCUUUACUUGCUUUGGUGUUGAGCAACAACAUAUUUUGGGGUCUAUGUGAACUGGGUUUUUGCACAUACCCCAAAAGUUUUGGCCUUUCAUUGGAUUCUGAGUUUGUUUCAUUGAAGAGGUGAGAGGUAUUCUUUGAUGGCUAAUCUUGGUUAUAAGGAAUCGUUGUCAUUUGGAGGCUCUGGCCAUGCGCAGGGUCAACAAGUUGUGCCAUUUGAGAGUGGAGCCCUGAAGCUUUUGCUACAUGGGUCACUAGUUAUAUGUGUCAAGGAGGCCAAGAAUCUUCCUGAUAUGGAUGGUUUGCAUAAGCAUAUGGGGCGUGUGAUUUCCAAGUUGCCUGGCAGAAGUAGCAAAAAGACAACCAGUGCUCCAUAUGUUACAAUUGCACUAUCAGGUGCUGUAGUUGGGAGGACCUUUGUGAUUAGUAAUAGUCAGAACCCGGUCUGGAAUCAACAUUUUGAUGUUCCGGUUGCGCACCAUGCUUCUGAAGUGCAUUUUGUUGUGAAGCAUAGUGAUGUGGUGGGAUCCCAGACUAUAGGUUCUGUGGGAAUCCCAGUUGAAGAAUUAUACGCCGGCGUAAAAAUUGAGGGAACCUUCCCUAUCCUUAACUCUACUGGUCAUAUCUGUAUGCCUGGAGUUGUUUUGAGCUUAUCAAUUCAGUAUACCUCAAUUCAAAAGAUGACCUUCUGCAAUUGUGGAGUAGGUUCAGAUCCUGAUCAUCAAGGGGUCCCUGGUACUUACUUUCCUGUUAGGAAAGGCGGUAAAGUAACUCUGUAUCAAGAUGCCCAUGUUCCUGAUGGUUGCCUUCCCAAUUUUGAGCUUGAUGGCGGUCUUGAGUAUGAGCAUGGAAAUUGUUGGCAAGACAUAUUUGAUGCAAUAAGUAAGGCCCGUCAUUUGAUAUACAUUACCGGGUGGUCAUUGUGCCACAAAGUUACAUUGGUUCGGGAUAAUCAUGGUGCAUCAGAUUGCACAUUAGGGGAUCUUCUUAAGACCAAGUCACAGGAAGGUGUGAGAGUGCUGCUACUUGUUUGGGAUGAUCCAACUUCAAGGAAUAUCAUGGGAUCUAUAAAGGGAGGGCUCAUGCAUACCAAUGAUGAGGAACUUCGGCGUUUCUUCAAAAACUCUUCAGUCCAAGUGCUUCUUUGCCCUCGAUCUGCUGGAGAGGGUACCUGGGCCAAAAAGCAGGAAGCGGGAAUAAUCUAUACCCAUCAUCAGAAAACUGUGCUUGUGGAUGCUGAUGCUGGUCAAUAUAAAAGAAAGAUCAUUGCAUUUGUUGGAGGUCUUGAUUUAUGUCUGGGACGUUAUGAUACUCCAGAGCAUCCUAUCUUUAGUACAUUACAAACAGUGCACAAGGAUGACAAUCAUAACCCCACUUUCUCGAAACCCGUUAUUGGGUGUCCGAGGGAGCCAUGGCAUGAUUUGCACAGUAAAAUUGAUGGUCCAGCUGCUUAUGACAUCCUCACCAAUUUUGAGCAGCGUUGGGGGAUGGCUUCAAAACCACAGGGUCUUCACAAACUAAAAGAACGAGGGCUUCAAAAACUGAAAGUACGAGGGCUUCAUAAACUAGAAACACAAGAUGAUGGUGAUGAUGAUGCAUUGCUUAAGACUGAGAAAAUUCCAAAACUUAUUGGGAUGACAGAAGUUUCUUGCUUGAGUGAGGAUGAUAAAGAAGCUUGGGAUGUUCAGGUAUUCCGUUCAAUUGAUUCAAAUUCAGCAAAAGGAUUUCCUGAAGACCCCAAAGAUGCAACUAGUGUGAACCUGGUCUGUGGGAAAAAUGUGCUGAUAGACAUGAGUAUACAUGCAGCAUAUGUGAAAGCAAUACGUGCAGCUCAACAUUUUAUUUACAUAGAGAACCAGUACUUUCUUGGAUCAUCAUAUAAUUGGAACUUAUACAAUGAUUUAGGUGCAAACAAUCUGAUACCAAUGGAAAUUGCUCUGAAAAUCGUAAAUAAAAUCAAAGCAAAUGAGAAGUUUUCUGUGUAUAUUAUUAUCCCCAUGUGGCCAGAAGGUGAUCCUACAAGUGUUCCUCUACAACGAAUUCUCCUUUGGCAGCAUAAAACAAUGCAAAUGAUGUAUGAAAUGAUUUACAAGGCUCUAAAGGAGGUUGGACUUGAAAACACGUACAGUCCACAAGACUAUUUGAAUUUCUUUUGCCUUGGCAAUCGUGAGACACUAAGUGGAGAAGACAAUUCUGCUCCAAAUAAUUUAAGUGAAGCAAACACUCCUCAAGCACUCACCCUGAAGAAUCGGCGGUUUAUGAUUUAUGUUCAUUCUAAAGGAAUGAUAGUGGACGAUGAAUAUGUUAUACUAGGAUCUGCAAAUAUCAAUCAGCGAUCCAUGGAAGGUCCCCGAGAUACUGAAAUAGCAAUGGGGGCUUAUCAGCCUCAUCAUACCUGGACAAGAAAACUCUCUAGUCCACAUGGAAAGGUAUAUGGAUAUAGAAUGUCACUGUGGGCAGAGCAUAUAGGACUUGUCGAAGAAUGUUUCAAGCAGCCAGAGAGUCUUGAAUGUGUCCGAAGGGUAAGGUCUUUGAGUGAGCAGAACUGGAGUCAAUAUGUAGCCGAUGAAGUCACAGAAAUGAAGGGUCACCUCCUCAAGUAUCCGGUUGAAGUUGGUCCAACUGGCGAGGUGGAGCCUCUUCCAGGCUGUGCAGCAUUUCCAGAUGUCGGUGGCUACAUACUGGGGAGUCUCGGCGACAUAGGGAAGAGUCUAGGGAUCAGUAGUAUUAAUGGGAGGGGAAUAUCAUUCAGGGCCAUGCAAGAAAAUCUCACCAUCUGAUUCUCAUUGAAUUACUUUUUAACUUUCCUUCUUUGAAUGAUGUUGCUAACUUGCUAUGUAAUGAACUAGAGAAAUUUCAUUCACCAUUAAAUUGAGCUUGAAAUUUUGUACAA